GCAUCUAAGCAUGGUAAGGAUGACUAAAUCAGAUAUCCCUCGAUCUCUUUCUUUGAUCCGUAUUAUUUUAGGUCACGGAGGUGUCGCUGAUGUGCUUCUCAAGAAUGGAGCUAACACUAAUAUUGUAGAUGAUUCGAAUACCACAGCUCUUCAUUUAGCUGCUAGGAAUGGUCACGGAGGUGUCGCUGAUGUGCUUCUCAAGAAUGGAGCUAACGCUGAUAUUAUAGAUGCUUUGAAGAAUACACCUCUUCAUUAUGCUGCUAGGAAUGGUCACGAAAAUGUUGCUGAACUUCUCAUCAACAAAGGCGCCAGUAUGGAUGUCAUGGGUAAUUUUAAUCAUACACCUCUUCAUUUGGCAGCUAGGAAUGGUCAUAAAAAUGUUGCUGAACUUCUCAUCAAAAAAGGAGCCAAAGUUGAUGUUAGAAAUCUUGCGAAUCUAACACCUCGUCAGUUAGCUGUUAGCCAUG